AUGGGUCAGUUUGCACUGAACACAUCUGAACCGCCUACAGAGGAAGACAUCCUCGCCAUAGAUGAACAGAACGAUCUCGCAGAGAUGGACGCUGACGAGGAACUCCGUCUUCUCGCGGAGAAUCCACUACCCCCAGAAGGACCUGAAUUAGAAUACGGGCCUUUAGAUAGCGAUGAUGAAGAUAUGACAGACCUACAGUCUCUCCCGGAUGUAAAUCAUACAAAUUCAAAAGAAAUAAUGACAAAAGAAUGCAUCACCCCACCUUUGGAAAGAUCAACCGCUGCUAGUAAUUCUUUUCGUGGUCCUAUUGCGAACAGCUCAAUGAUUUCCCCUCAAAGCGGGAUUGAGGAUCAAGGAGCCUCUUUUGGGUCGUUCGAAGAGACUGUUAUUCGAAACACCCGCGAGACUCCUCAUGAGAGAGCAAUGCACAAACUCCGCCAGCGCCAAAAGGAUUCUACCAAAAUACCACCAGCCGAGUGGGGAGGAGCUAUCACCCGCACAAGUUCAAUUGCUGCUUCUGUUACCAGUGAAAUUCGAAGAAAUUUCAAUGCUAACCUGAAUUUUCAAAGUGCCAUCAGCGAAGCUCACUCGAUGCAGAGAGCUCCUCCAAAUUCAAACGGCAAUUCUACUCUAAAUACGACUGAAAGUGGAGCGAUGGAUGAUGCGGGGAUUCAAUCAUUUGAAACCAGAGCCAAUGUUUGCGUAAAGACUGAGCCGUCACCAGAUGGAAUGGAAUUACAUCAAAGAAAAUGUCGUAAACUUCAAGACCGCGUGCAAGGAUGCUUAGAUUUUGGGAGACAUCUUCUUAGCCGAGAGAGUCUGCGUCACGUUGAGUUGUCGCACGAUUUCACGAGGGAAGAGAACCUAGCUGAGUUUUUCAAAAAGACCGUGGGGGACCUCAAGAAUAAAAUCGAUAGAAAAUACCAAGACUAUAUAGACGCUGUACAACUGCAGCGCGAGAUGGAGCUAAAAAAACUGGAGCACGAUAGUGAACGUAAACUUACUGCACUCCUGCAUUCAGCCGGUGUAUUGAAUAAGAUCUCAACGAUUGAGAAAAGUCUAGAAAAAGAAAGUAAAGAGCUCGAUUGGAUGGAGCAGGAUCCCUUGUGCAACAUCAACUACAACUAUGAUGCGAAGAAAACGGACAUCGAUUCUACUCGGCAAGCUUUCAUCGCCUGCCGCGACGAACUCUUCAGACAAAUUACAAACCGAUGCGGAACCCUUUUCUCCGUGCGAUAUUCCGCCAGAACACCGAAGAAAGACAAGAAAAAAGAAGACCCAAAAGAAGGGGCAAUUGAUCUCUCAAAAACGUAUCAAGAACCGCCGACUAGUUCUUGUACAUCCAAAGAUUCAGUUUCUACCAUGCCCUCGCGACGAGCAAUGUCAAAGAGAUCCCGUACUGAAGUUGAGGACCACCAAGUCCGCAAGAAGACAGCUUCGUUUCCAAUUCAUAAUGAAGCUCAAACAGCCCAAAGACCUCGAAAUCUACCAUCCCGAGGUUACGCGCUUCCCCUGAAGAUGACUGGGAAGGAGCAUCAAGCCGAUCUUCUGCAGAAGAAAGGUAGUACUUACUCGGAAGCAAGAGCUCCUGAUCGAAACCAGUUCAACAAUCGUUUUGUUUCGGAUAAGCACUUCAAAAAAGAGACUAUCAAUCUCAAACAACCCAACGGAAAGUUCAUUCAGCAAGAAAUAAAGCUAACACCAGGAAUUCCAUGGAAAGUCAGAAAAGAUCCAUUUUCAAACAAAAAGGCAUACGAAGGAAUUUAUGACUUCAUUGAUAUCUUGGGAAGUGAUCCGUCCAUCACGCCUCACCAACUUUGCAAAGGACAUCCUUCAUACAGGGCCGUUGAUUUGGGAAUACACCCCAAAGAUCGCAGACAAGAUGGUUACGAUCCAAGAAGACAUGUUGCCGAGUUGAGAACGCUUUAUAAUAUAACGAAUCAUCAGCGAAGGCACCAGUAUGGAAGAGUGGAGAAUCAAUGGAGACGAAGAUAUUUAAAGCGUGUUGAAUGGUUAAAUAGAAUUUCUGGACAACUGCACGGCUAA